GACAGCUCAAGUUGCUUUGGCACAUCUUGCUGUGGACUGCAUGAUGAGAAAGUCAAUGCUGUUCCUCGGCUUCCUUCUUGCCUUCCUUGCUCUGGCUCUGCCAGGCACCCAGGGAAAAACCAUCCCCCGAUGUGAGAUGGUGAAGAUCCUACGUAGGAAUGGAUUUGAGGGCUUUGUGGGCAAAACUGUUGCUGAUUGGAUGUGCCUGAUAAAAUACGAGAGCAGCUACGACACCAAGGCCUACAACAACAACGGGCCGAGCAGGGACUACGGCAUCUUCCAGAUCAACAGCAAGUACUGGUGUAACGAUGGCAGGACAGCUGGAGCCAAGAAUGCCUGCCAUAUCAGUUGCUCAAAACUGCAAGAUGACAAUAUUGAGGAUGACAUUCAGUGUGCCAAGAAGAUUGCCCAGGAGGCUCGUGGCCUCACUCCCUGGUACGGCUGGAAAAACCACUGCCAGGGCAGAAACCUGAGCUCCUUUGUCAAGGGCUGCUAAAUCACUCCACAGGCAUCGAUUGUUUUCUCAGCAUCACCAGAGGUGAAGAGUGAGAGUGUUUGGAACAGAGGCUACAGAAAUGGAUGGGUGUGGGGACUUAAAAGCAUAUUAUUAAGGUAGAGAGGGUGCUGGCUGUGCUGGCUGACCCUGGGAGGCCUUUGUACUGCCGCAAUGCAAAUAGAGAACUUAGAGCUGGUGGCUUAAAACAAACAAGGCUUAGCAGCAGGGCACUACAGGGGGAAUUUCAGCCAUUUACUUGCAUAAUCCCAUCUCAAGAUUCUGUUACCUUAACUAACAGGGCUUUGCAACAUUUAGUGUUUCUCUCUCUUUUUGUGUCUUUCUCUAUUCUCUUUAUUCUCCUUCAUCCCUCCCUUCCUCCAGUCCUCCCUCCCCUUCCUUCAUUUUUUUGCCCAUCCUUAUUGGAGUGUCUGAAGUGAGAAAACAAAAAUUGAUGAAUGCUGUAUCAGACCUGAAGAAUUGUGUUGCCUUAUGAUUAUGACAGUCACUGACUAUGGUGGGGAGUACAAUUCACUGACAGAGAGAGAACAGAAACUAUGAUGAAACACAACCUUGUUCCUUAAAUUUGCCUGAGCAUCUGCUCCUGGCUGGUGUGAGGGACAGGGCACUGAAACGUGUGGACAUCUGGCCCAGCUGAAUGUGGCUUUUCUUGUCAUCCUUUGAGGAAGUUGACCAAGCACAGCCUAGAAUGCAGGCAGCAUCCCUGUGAGGAAACUAUGGGUUGGAAAGCCUAUUGGGAAAGGGAAAUGUUUUGCCAUUUAGUUCAUGAGUCCUUUUCCCAGAAGAAGGCUGGGUCCAGGAACAGUGCACAAAUGGAAGGUGAUGUCACUGAAACCAUAUUUGUUUCUUCUUGUGCUUUCUGCUUUGGGAGGCAGUGACUGCUUUGAUGUUUAUGCAAUAAAGGGUUGCUUAAA